GAAAGACAUCUAUAAGAAGGUUCCUGCUGGUCUUUGGUCAUCGUGCAUCACUGGCCUCGCCUUUCAUUACAUACUACAGCUAGCAACUAAACAUACUCACUUCCUCGCGAUUUCCCCAAUCUUCAACCACCACCAAAAUGCCUUCCACCGUCGUCUCCACCCCCGUUCCCGCCGGCGUCGACCGCAACGCCGUCCUCUCCGCCAUUCACAACCACGACCUAAUGGUCAAGACCCUCUGCCCGGCUCUCAUCUCCUACAAUCUCGAGUCCGGCUCCGUUGGCGUCGGCCAGUCCGCCACCUACUCCGUCACUGACAAGAAGCCCAUUGGCCAAACCACCUACCAGCUCACCAUUACCAACCUCGAGGACGGCGUCGAUACCCUCGUCAACGCCAAGCCCCCCGUCGGAACCCUCGUCAUCAACGGCAAGUGGCGCAUCGUCAACGAGGCUGCCGGUCUCAUUCUCCGCGAGGAGGUCGACAUCGAGGCCAACAUGCUCAUGAAGAAGAUGGCCAAGGGCAACGUUGAGAAGACCCACCCCGAGCAGCACGCUGCUCUCCUGGUUCAGGCUGGCAAGGCAUAG